AAAUGACUACAAUUAUACGCAUACAAAGCUGUAUAUUGCGCAGACUAUAAAUUUGAAUUAAAAAUAAGAUUGGCAGUUUUCAUAUGCAAAUUAAGCAAUCAAAAACAAAAAAAAAUAAUACAUCGAGCAAUAGCGAAAAAUUCACUAAAACGAUAUAAAUAAACCACAUACAUAUAACUAGUCUAAAAGACAUUUUAAGUGAACUGCAACCUUUGAGCCAGAAAACAACGACAGUGGAAUCGCCAAAUAAUAAACGACGCUUCAACCGCAAACCAAGGAAACGUAAACGGAAUCGGAAUCGAAAACGCAUCCACAAAUGCCACAGACUUAACGUAGGCUACGUUGUUGUGACAUUUUCUUUUCCUUUUCCUAAUUCCAAUUAAAAUUAAUCAACACACGACGGUAAGCAAUUUAUGAAUACCAAUUAUCGUAGGAUCGAUAUUUACUAGUUACUCCAAAAAAAAAAGCAAACACGUCUUUGUAGUGUUAGAGCGCUGGAAAUUAAUCACGGUGUAUAAAAGAAAAACAAUCAGCAGUUUAGUAAUGUCCCCUGAUGUAAUGGCUUACAAUGUAAUGGUCAGAACAAUUAGAAAUUCCCGCGACUACCAAGCCACAAACGUUUUUCUAACCGCAAAAGCAGCAUCAGCACAAUUAGCAGCAGUAAAAUUAGCUGCCACACUAAUAUUAUACACCUGCUACAAAGCAUUGCAACCAAUUAUUAGAGUCACCAGUCACUACAAAGAUUACAGCAAAAAUAAUCGUAUAACAUUUUGUUACGAAUUAAGCCCCCAUGUGGGUGGGGGACCGCCUCCAGCAGCAGCGGUAGGAAUAGCAAAAGCGGCUGGCCUAAAUAAUGAUAAUAGUUAAGUGAGUGAAUUUCGAAACAAGAGUAACCGGGAUUCACAAAAAUUUAUUUCUAAUAAAGGAUUUUAAUUUGCUUUCAAGAAAAAACAGUAAAUCUAAAAUUUGACCUUUGUUGCUUAAAAAAAUACAUCACCUUUUAUACUUCUCUUGAAGUAAUAAAUAAUUGUAGUGCAAAUCGCAGCUUUGUCAGAUGCACUAACAAUACAUACAUAAGUACUGCAUAGCGAAUGAUGCCAUUGCAAUCGUCUGGUAUAAUUGUCGUAGAGAAGCCAACAACAGCAGUGACAACACAAUCAGGCAGUGCAGCAGCUACCGGUGAUGUAGCAGCGCCGGCAAACUUAGCUAUACAACAGUCGCAACAGCAGUUUUAUCAGACACAGCAGUCAACAAUAGCAAAGGGCACAAGCGUUGGAGCUGCAACAUCGGUUGGAAAAUAUUUUGAAUACUAUGGUACGAAUGAUGUACGCCAACCACAACAACAGCAGCAAAACCACCAGAAAAAACAUAAUGUUGCUAGCACCAACAAAAAUACUAGUAGUAGAAGUCAAUCGCAGUUGCCAUUAAUGCGACGUGCACAGCAGCGAAAGAAUAGUAACAGCAGCAAUUUGAGUAAGAAGUGUAGCAAUAAUACUACCAUUACGAGAGCAGCAACCAACACGAAAAUUCUACAAAUUAAUGCAAAGCAGCAGCAGCAGCAACACCAAUUAGUACAGAUGAAUCAGCAACAACAACAUCAAAUAAUACAGCAUACAACAAUACAUCCACAACAGCAACAUCAUCAAAUACAUCAGCAACAGUCACAACAUCUGGCCACAUCACAGUUGCAGCAGCAGCAGCAUAUAUCGUCGAAGCAGCAGCAGCAACAUGUGCAAAAGCAGCAUCAGCUGUCUCAACAAAUGCAUUCACAACAGCAGCAGCAGCAACAACAAAAUCUCCAGCAGCCAUCACAGGCACAGCCUCAGCAGCAGGUAAUUCAAGUGAGCGAAGAAUUCAUUGAACAAGCAACUGCUUCGGGAGCCACCAACAUGAUGAUAUCAACAACAGGCGAAGUGCUGAAUCCGCAGAUCUUCAAAAUAGUAGCCACAGAUGGCACUACAGGCAACAUGAUUAUCGACAGCGGCAGCGCUGCCGCCGUCGGUGGCCAAUCCAAAGUAUUGCUAAGCAAUUUAACUGUGUUGGCAAAACAAGCUCCUAACGCGCCGAACACGUCGGCAACUAGUGGGGUGGCUGUGGGCUCAGGAGGCAGCUUGGGCGCGCAGCAACAGCACACGGUUGGCGUUAGCAGCGGCGGCCAAUCACAACCGGGACAAACAAUAAAUUAUAUGAGUGCUAAAAACUUGUCGUAUUUAACCACAGCAGCGGCAACUGCCACACCUAUUACUGCAGGUGGUGGAAAAACACAAAAGUAUACCGUAACGGGCACCUACAAGACGGGUGUAAAACAACAGCAGCAACAGUCACAGCAGCUAACGUCAACCACGUAUAUACAACAGUCGCAACAGCAGCAACAGGCGAGCCAGAGUACAUCACAGCAACCGCAGCAGCUUUAUCAAAAGCUCUCUGUACCGCGCCACGUACAAAUGCUUACGCGGGUGCAGACUGUCAUGCAACAGCCAUCGUCGGCGGCUGGUACGUCAAUGACAGCAAACACAGGACCACAAACCCAGCAGCAGCAGCAGACGCAAAUGCUGGUGCAACCUAUUGUAGGAGGGCAAAAGUAUUUGAGCAGCAGUGCCACAACAAAGAGUGUGAGCGUUACUGGUAACGCUGGCAAUAUGUUGAAGAAGUCGAAUAAUUUAAAAAUUUCUCAUGGUAACAAUAAAGUGGUGAACAACAUGCAAAUGCAGCAACAACAGGGUGUGAAAACGACCUAUAUCACACAGCAGCAGCAACAACAAUAUCAGCUACACCAGCCUCAAUAUCAGAGUAGCGGCAGUGGCAAAAUUAAAACAUCGAAGUUGCUCAAACAGUACAAUAAUGUUAUAAAUAAUAAUAGUAGCGGCGUAAACAUGUUGCAUCAACAACCGCUGGGCACUUACACAGUUAGUAAUAACGGUGGAGGUCAUAAACUGCAGCAGACGACAAAGGUGACAAAAAUGUCUAGCAAUAAAUAUGUAUCACAUCAACAGCAGCUGCAACAUGUCGCAUCUUUGCCACAAAGCACGCAACUGCAUCACAAAAAUGUACCACAACAGCAGCAGUUUUCAACAAGUACCAAUGUUGUCACACUUGCGGGUGGCAGUGCCAAUAAUACCAAUAACGUCGGCAACACCAUCAAAUUUGUAAAUUCGACGCACGCAACAGUCAUACAGCAGCAUCAGCCAACAUUGCCCAUGCAGCAACCGCAACAAUCGAAAGUAACGUUACGUCAGCAGCAGCAACAACAUCAAAUACAGUUCGUCGACGCACCAACUGGCGCCAUUGUUAAAGAUAACGCCACUGGCAAUAAUAUUUACCAGUCACAAACGCACUCCGCCAACAACAGCGGCAACAAUUCACAGUCGUUGCUCAACGAUGAUAUUAUGAUCGUUAAUGGCACACAAAUGACAGACGAGUUGUCAGCACGCAUACUACAGAGUAUGGCGCAAAAGUCAUUCGGCAAUCAGCAACGCUACCAGCAACAGCAGCAACCAAAGUCGGUUGUCAUGCCACCGCCGACAGCACAGCAAACGCAGCAGCAACAGCAAAUUGUAUUGCAGCAGCAUCCUUCGCCAACAUCUGUGCUGCUCUCGCCCAAAGAAUAUCCGCUAUAUAGCGCUGGCCAACUAUCAGCGCAACAACAGCAGAUGGGACAGCAACAGCAAUUGUCAGCGCCCUCAACAAUCAAUACACAAUACAGCACAACUGUGCAACAGGGGCCUGUAUCGGCGAAUGCUUACUUGCCACUCUCUGCUGCGGGUGUACAUACUAGCAGCGCCGGUAGUAGUGCUGUCUAUGCAGCAAUCUCUCAACAAUCUGGUGGCGGAAUCGGUCGUCAAACACAUAGCGCGCCCGGUAGUCGCUCACAUUCUUUGGAGCGCAACAAGUCAUAUGAGGUCAGCACAACCAUCACACGUAAAAGUGCUGUUGACUAUUAUAAAGCAAAUAACAGUGGUGUAGGUGGGCGUGGAAAUCAUUAUGGCACGCAGGGUUCACAUGCGUCGGCUUCAUUAUCGGCUAGCACAUCGAAUAUACCGCUUGACACACAGCAACAGCAGCAGCAACAUUCGUCAGCACAGAUAAUUCACCUACAAACAUUGAAAUCUUCGCUGGCGGCCACCACAGCGGCCGUGGCAGCUGGUAACAGCAGCUAUACGAUUGCCACGAACAGUACAGCAGUAGCUGGCAUCAACACUAGUGUACCUGCUGGGACUGGUGAAGAUGAAGAUAUUAUUGGCGAAGAGGUGCGCCCGGCGCCAGUAAAUACGCAAGAUAUGCGCUUGCGCAUCUUGCAUGCUGUUCAACAGGAUCACACUUAUGCUAAUGCUAUGCCGGCGCAUCUCUCCGGUACAGACACUACAAAGAGUGGUGGCACGAAUGCACAGCAAAUGGGAAAAGCAGGCAUUGGGGGUGCUAGUGGAACGACACAGUCGCAUUUGCAAUCGGCAUUGACGGGCAAUACAGGCGGUGCGCAACAGUGGUCAUUAGGCGGCAUUGGGGCGGCUGUGGCCUCGGGCCAGGUGGGUUCAUCAGGGGUGCUACCAACGCCACCAUCCAGUGGUCAGUCGACAUACACCUUGCACGGACAGCAAAUACCCCGUAUGCAGCAAGAUGACGAUGCACAUUCAGCAAUUAGUAAUGGUUCGCGUGUCGCUACUGGCGAUAUUGAUCCUGGUGAAGAGACCGAAACAGCACCUGAAGCUGAGGCCGAAGAUGAUUCGGUUACUCGUUGCAUCUGUGAUUUGACGCAUGAUGAUGGCUAUAUGAUAUGUUGUGAUAAAUGCUUCGCUUGGCAACAUGUCGACUGUAUGGGCAUCGAUCGCCAAAAUAUACCCGAUGAGUACCAGUGUGAAGUGUGCCAACCGCGACAGGUGGACAAGGCGCGUGCACGUGCCUUGCAGUUAAUGAAACGCAAGGAGCAAACUCAGCUAUUGCUCUCAGCACAAUCGGCGCAUGCAACUGGUUCCAGUGGCGCUUAUCUAAGUGGUGGCUCCAAUAUGGGUGGCAACUAUCAACUGGGUGAUGGCCAGCAACGUGGGGGUGCGGGCGCUUUCAUGAUGGGCGGCAGCGGAGAUGGCGCGCUGCAAGGCCUGCCGAACAGUACAACGUCCGGCACUACAAAGAAGGGCAAAGUUUUGAAGAAAACCGCCAAAGACACAGCUGGGGGCAAGAAAUCUAAAAAGGCGGAUAAACUUGGUGUAGGUUCGACAGCAGGUGGCAAACCGCCGCGCAAAGAUUCGGCAGCCACAAAGAAGACAACGAAACGUAAAACUAAGAGCGGUGAUGGUACGAGUGCAAGUGCGACAGCCGCUGAAAAACAUGCAGCAAAUUUGCGACAAUGGAUCGAAAAUUAUGAAUUGGCCGUAACGAAUCACUAUUCGCCUGAGUUGCGCGCGCGCCUUCAUGCCAUCACAAAGCAACCCAGCCUGUUACAGAGCAUACUAAAUACGGAGAAUCGCGCGUUGAAGGAUUGCUGCAACAAUGAUUUGGAGAAUCGCGCCACUACAGUGCCACACGCGGGCGGUAAAAUACUUAUAAGCAACAUGGACAUUGCACCAAGUUUUCCAAUUUUCGAAUUACGUGGCAAAUACAUGCUGAGUCCGCAGUAUAAGACGCAAAAUGCAUCGGUGAAUAUGAAUUCACCGCCACCAAGCAAUUAUCUAGCAGCUAGUCUGAAGGCGCAUAAAACUCCUGGUCCUUUCAUUUUCUUCUACCAGCUGCCCGAUGCUGAGGCGCCUAUGCAAACGAUGAAUGAAGAUGGAUCAUAUCCACCAAUACCGCCGCAGCCAGCAUACCUUAAAGGUCCGGAAAUAUGCGUGGACACGCGUACUUACGGCAAUGAGGCACGUUUUGUUCGCCGUUCUUGUCGCCCUAAUGCCGAGAUACAGCAUCUCUUCGAAAAGGGCACCAUACACCUUUUCAUUGUUGCAACGAUGCGUAUCCGCGCCAGUACGGAGAUUACCAUUAAACACGAGCCACACGACUUGCUGGCUAUAGAGAAUAAAAAGGCAACUUCGAGCAACUGCAUCGUGCAGCCAACAAGCACGGCAUGCGCAUGCGGUCUACUCAAGGAUUGUCUCUUUGGCCCACCACCAACCCAACAGUCCUUAGCAGGCGGCGCGACGAAAUCUAGCAGCCGCAAGUCGUCGCUCGCCACAACCUUAAAUGGUGGCGUACAAUUAAAUAGCAGUGCAGCUGCCAUACAACUCACAAUGGGUGGUUUGCCAACGUCAGGAGUUGGAAAUAAAAAGAAGGGUGGUGCACAAAAUAUGAAUCGCAAUCGUUCGACUUCAUCAAGUGGCGAUAGCAGCAUCGGUGGUGCUGCCGGUGGUGGCAUGAAUAGUCCAAAUGUUGCAUUGCCUGCAGUAGCACCACUGAAUAUGAACGCCAAUAUGUGCAGCAGCAACUCAUUCAAGAGUAAUGGCGGUCUUAACAUUUUGUCCGCACAUGCGCUAGCCACUUCAGCAGUGAUGGUGCCUAAUAACAAUGGUAACAUGAGCGCGACCUCCUCCGUGUCGAGUGUAAUGCACGAUUCUGGUAUUUGUACUUCAUCUUCAUCGCCAUCAGUGUCCAUACCGUCACCUUCUGCUCUACACAUACACUCACCGACGCAAUCACAGCAGCAGACUUGUACUGUACCCGCUACAACCACCUUACAGCGCAGCAACAGUGCCCUCUUCAUGCAACACAGUCCACAACAGCAUCAACAGAUCUUGGGUGCAUUGCCAACGCCGUUGCUGUUGUCUCCACCACAGCAAGUUGCACAGCAACAACGGCAGCCUCAGCAGCAGAGCGUUGUGGACGCGGUGGCUAACGAAACACAUGCGCCACUGCUGGAUGAAGUUCCUACACCCGAAGCCACGCCAAUUACGUUACAACAGCCGAUUAGUCAGCCGGAGCAGCAGCAGCAGCCACAGCAGCAGCAGCAAACGCAGCAGCAGCCGCAACAACAACAACAGUUGAAUUUGUCCAUUAGUCAGGCGCAAGAACAGCAAAUGCAUGUGCAACAGCUAAGUCAACAACCAAUACAAAACGUUCUUAUCGGCCCUACAAUAAGCGAUGCAUCGCUAGCUGCAGCAGCGGCUUUGCAAUCGCUUAACACCGCCGUAACACUGACUGGUACUAAUAUGUCGGUGUCAGUGAAUGUCCCACUAAGCCAAUCCAAUAACAAUAUUGCCAUAGCCGUUCCCGAAUCUACAGCGUCAUCUGAUGCAUUAAAUGUUAGCGAUGUCGAACCACAAAAACAACAACAACAGCAGCAGCUGCAGCAUCUGCAGCAACAACAAACACAAUACUAUGUCGCUACUACAAUGCAGCUUCCACCGCUUCACGAUGUCACCGAUGGUGGCAUGCCGUCAGUAGUACAACAACAACAGCAGCAGGACCACCAGCUGCAACUGAACACAAUAACAGGUCAAUUGCCGCCGCCGCAACCCCAGCCGCUUGGAGCUGUUGCCACCUCACCGCACGCUGGUUCGAAAUCGCCACAGAAGCAAGGCGGCGUCAAUGCCAACGUCGCCGGAGUGUCUUGUUUACCCUCGAGUAGUGCGCGCAAAACGCCCGCCAAGUCAUCGGGCUCGCGCUCUACUAGCUUCUCUGAGGACGAUCAUGCGCACAAUACUAGCAGCGGUAGCGUAAAUGAAGACCCAUCAGUCCUACCAACAUCGAAGGAGAAGCCGAAGCUAUCGCGUGAAGAUCGUAAAAUGGAGGCAAUCCUACGUGCCAUUGAAAAAAUGGAGCGAAAUCAGCUUCGUAAAAAUCAACAGGGCAAAUCGGGUGGCAAUGCCUCAGUUGCCGCUAAGCGCCGCAACAGUAACAGCAAUUCGCCAACUACGCCCACAAAAUCCGUAGCCGGCAGCGACAUGAGCGCUAGCAUCAGCAGUGGACGCGUUUCAGCGGUCUCCGCGCGCAAAAAAAAGCGAAAGGCGCACAAAUCGUACAGUGGUCACAGUGCACAGGCGAGGAAGCGACGCAAAAGUCGCAUCAAUAGCAGCAACGAAUCCGCAGAUGGCGCUGGCGUUAGUGGUGCUGGUUUGACGACAACUGCUGCCGUAGGCAGUGGUGGUAUUAGUGAGUGCGCAGCACAUUCGGAGGCAGAGUCAACAUCGUUGUUAUCACCAACAGCUCCGCUUGUCACAGCUGCGCAAAAUUAUGUGCAAAUGCAUCCCGAUAGCAACGAAAUUGUCGUUGAUACAAUAGCGCCUACUAAUGAAGAUCAGGCCGCCGGUCUUUUGCUAGCUUUAGCGAAUCCCGACAUAAAGAUGUCACCAACGCUGCAAAAAUCACCGCAGGUCUUAUCUCCGGUACUGCAGCAGCAGCAGCUGCAGCAUCAGCCAGAACAACAAUACACGCCGCCACAGUAUGCGCUCGAACAGUUGAAAUCACCGCAACAUAGAACGCCAACAGGCGGCGGUAGUGCUGCAUCUCCACCUGCUACACCGGUGAGCUCGGCUUGUCUGCUGAUCGAGGCUGCAGUUGGUCCCUUGCAAGAACACAUGGACGGCAGUCCGAGUGGCGAGUUUAAGUACCCUAAUAAGACCAAGACGAAAAAAGUGCUCAUGUCUAAUUGGCUGCUACAUCAAGUAGAUGCGGAUACCAGCGGCAGUGAUUCCCCACCGCCCGGCACACCAACACCACCCCCACCACCUAUGACAAAUAAUGCUUCCGCAGAGGCAGUGUCUUCGGCAGUAGCAGUGGCUGGCGAGACAGCCACUUCCGCGCCAAUGCCAUCUUCCACCGCUACACUUGGUUUGGAUUCUCUAGUACAAGCAGCAACGAUGUGUGAUUACAGUAAACAACAACCCGAGUGUAACGUCAACUAUGCUGCGACAGUCGAAGGACUGUGCUCCGCUCCCGUGGCUUGUGAUGAACCACAAAAUCUCAGCAUGGCUGCGCAGAAGGUCGAGGAAUUUAUACAGCAAACGGAACGCGGAAACAACGUGGUGUACAAUCCGACAGCAGUCACUGGUGUCAGUGCUGCGCCGCGGAAUCUGCUACAUCUGCCGCUACAAGUUAGCACUUGCAGCAAUAAUUCUUCGGUAAAGAAACGCUGGUUGCGACAGGCUAUUAGCGAAGAAACUACCACAGAUGAGGCGAUGACGCCAACACCCACAGCAGCAAUGGCCGCUAGCCUGCAAAUCGAUUCGCCUACAGCAGCAGUCACGACGGCGCACCUCAGCGCAGUGAUUAAUGUGCCCAAUGGCUUUACGACGCCGCUUAAGAAGCGACGACUAAUCAGUGGCAAUGUGAAGGAAGAAGACGAUGCUGGAGGCAGCAUUGUGCACUCACCAGCAGCUGGUGGAGGUGCUAAUAUAUCUUUCGAGUCGCCAAUAAUUGGACUAGUAAAAUCUGAAAUACCAAUGCCGGGUGGGUGCGCGACAGAGCAAGAUGCUAAGGCGACGAAUUUGGCGACUGUAGGCAGUACCGAAACGGAGGUGGAUGUAAUGAAUGUGAGUGGUAGGGGUGCAGUAGCAGGCAUGAAGACUGAGGCUGGGUCGAGUGAUGAUGGAGAAGCAGACGACGAGGACUAUGAUGAAGAAGAAGAGCGCGACGAUGUAGAUGUGGUAGGUGGCUUAAGCGUUAAUGAAACUCACACAACGAUAGCUGCAAACGAACGAGCAUCCGAAGAUUGUAUUAACCAUGAAAUUGUUACAAAAGAGGAGCAAGACGUGGCAGAGCGAUUGACAGCCACAGAAGAAGAGAUGAAACCCGAACCUAUGAUCAUUGAUCAAGAUGAUGAUGUUGAUAUAUUGCGUUCACCCAGUCCAGGACAUCAACAAAUGCUGGCGGCCGAGGAUAAUUUGGUAAAAAUAGAGCCGGAAGACACCAGUGGUGGCGAAGAUGUCAAGAUCGAUGUAGAGCGCGAAGAGAGUUUGGCGGGUGAUAAAUUUGAAGAGAUGGUAGUGUUGCAUGUGAAGAAGGAGGAGGAAGCACAAUCAGCAGCUGCUGAGCAAACAGCAAUGUCAACAGCAAUGGCAGCUGAUGUUGAAGUUGAGGUGAAAUUGGAUGUAGAAGAGGAUGAGAAAAAUAUAAAGCCAGUCAUGGUUGACAUUUCCAAUUCAGCGGACUGUAAGCGAUAUAGUCCAUGUGCACAGGAUCAAAAAAUAACCCUGCCGAAGCAAGAAUUACAGCUGGCGGCUGAAGAAAAGUCGUCCUUUAAGAUAGAGUCGCAGCAAUCUAUGGAUUCGUUGGACUCCGCCCCACACAAUAAAACGUCAAUUUCAGCCGAUGAAAAGCCGCUAUUCCCAACUCAGCUACCGCAAAUGAAAUUGCUUACGCUCGAUGGCGGUAGCAUCAGUACCAUUUCGCCCGAUGAACCCCUAAAUAAACGUCCAAAAUUGGAGUCGUCCAUAGAAUCUACAAGUUCGUUGCCGGAGCCACAACAAACUUCGUUACUCAAGCCAUUGGCCGCGCGAAUGUUCGAAAUGCCAAAACAAAGUACGGCAAGUGCUAGCAUUAGCGUCGCGGGAAACAACAAUAACCAUAAUAUUGUGCACGCAGCAGCUACUUUGCCAACUGCCUUAACAAGGCCGACCGCGACAACAACUUCGAUCGCAAACAUCAAACCGGCCGCACAAGCACUUGCAACAACGGCAACAACAGCUGCUGUUCAUCCAAAUUGUAUGACAUUUUUAGCAGCAGCGGCUGCCGCUGCUAUUGAACGUAAGCCGCCACCUCCACCGCCGCCGGCACCAGUUACCACAGCAACAACGCCCCCAACAACACCACCAGUCGCUGCAACAAAUACAACAGCAGCAGCAAUAACAACAACAACCAGUGCGUCAGUAUUUGUCUAUUCCAAUAGCGCAUUGCCGACGAUCGCGGCUUCGCCCAAUAUCAUGGCUACCGCGGCGGACAUUGGCAGCGGUGUAAUUGGCGCAAAUGUGCCACCAACAGCAUUACCGCCUAACAGCAGCAGCAAUAUAAGUAGUGCAUCUACCGCGCUCGCGACACGCAAACAAAACGCUACUAAUAACAAUAGCAACGAACGCAAAGUGCCGCUCACCGAUGAUGACAUCCAAGCAUGCCUGCAUUCCUUCCACAAGGAGAAUAUACUAAUCUUACAAUCGCGCAACAACAAGAAGUCAAAGCCAAAUUCAGCAACAGCCACAGCAAUCGGUAGCAAUUCUACAGCAGAGUUGAGCAAAGGUGCCAAGCAAUUAGGCGAGAACAAAUCGUCGACCGCAAGCGCUUAUUCUUCUCACCACAGUCACCACGGACAUGCACAUACUCACAAUGAAGCGGCGUCUGCAAAAAGCGUUGGCGGCGGCGGCGGCAGCAGCAAGCACAGUAGUGGAACUUCGAAGUCGUUUACCAAUUCGGGCAGCAGCGGCUCGUCUUCGGCGAAGAAGCUGCACAAAAAAGACCGAAGCGGUAAGCAGCACAGUAGCAGUAGCCGUUCAUUGUCACACAGCGGCAAAUUGACCGCGUCCACUCCUUCAACCUGCUCAAAGAAAUUAUCAUCGUCGCAUAAAAAGGAUUACGGCAGCGGCAAGGUGAGCGGAGGCACCACACCAGUGUCGAUAUCAAAACAACAGCCACACAGCAAUAGUUCUGCGAGCUACAACAAUUCAAAUAGCAACAGCAAUGCGUCUGGGAGUGGUGACUCCAAGGAUCGUGACGAGCGCCGCGAUCGUGACAACAACAGGGAGCGUGGAUUCGAUAAAGAACGUCAUCAUCAUCGCCAUCGUACCACUUCGUCCUCGAAUUCCACGAAUACAGUGUUACAAUCAGUUGUGGCCGCAGCAUCUACCACUCCUACGGCACCGCCACCCAUCUCUAAGAAGCGUCAACUUAACUUUGAGCAGGAACUCACCAAAGAUUUGCCCCUGGUGAAUGCCGCCACAAGCAAUAGCAAUCGUCACCGCAAAGAUAGCGGGAGCCGUGACAGUCGUGAUGAAAUGGUCAGCUCUACCUGCUCGAGUAAUAGCAGCAGUAGUCUGGCGGCAGCACGCAAACGACGCGAGUCUUCCUCCUCUUCAGGCGGCAGCAGUCGACACCGCCAUAAUAGCAACAGCAGCGGUGGGGUGCCAGAGCAGCAAAAAGAGACUAUAAUACACAAACAAACGUCUGUAGCGGAACAGAAUGGCAUUUUGCCAGGAACGCACGCGUCACCAUUGCCGCCAGCCGUGUAUGUGCGCGAGCAUGUUGCCAUACCUCAUUUCAAUAAUGUGGUUGUGAGCGGACCACCACCACCGCUCAUGGCUGCCUAUUUCAGCGGCAUCGGCGCGGUGCCUUGCAGCAGUGUCGAUCCUUCUAUGGGUACACCGAUCGCCACUUAUGUGCCAACGCCGGCGUUGCCGUCACCAUCCAGCUCUGUACAGCAGCCGACGCAUAGUCUACUGAAGACGCUUCCAAUGCAACCCACGCUCAGCCAUUUGGCCGCUGCGGUAUCGCACACGCCGCCACUGCCAACGAUGUCUUCAGCGACGGGCGUUUGUGUAACCACUUUACCGCCGCCGCUACCAUCGGUUGUUGUUGGCGCAGCCACUAUGCCGCUCGCGGCGCAUUCUCCUAAGGCUGGACCCGCCAGUUUGCUGGCUUGUAACAGCCCUGCCAACAAUACCGCUGCCUCGACGUAUAACAGUAUUUAUGGUAAAUUACGUGAUACUUCUCCCGUCUUAGUGUCGUCAACUCUGAGCAGUGCAGCGACGCCGUUGGCCGGCACCACUGGCACAUCAGUUAACGCUGCACAGACAAUUGUCUCAGCAAACAUAAGCCUAUCUGAGUACUUGGACACCAAAGUAAAAAGCUAUAGCACAACAAUGGGCGCUUACGUGUCGCAGACACAUGCGUAUAUAAGUGGCGGCGGCGUAAGCAACACAAGCAGCUUGCUGCAGAGCGUGGGAAAAGCAACGAAUAGCAGCACGUCCAGUAACAGCAAUACUGUUGUAGAAAACUCAUCCGUCGCAGCUAUAGCAAUUGAGGCUCCGGUAGUCAGUAAAUUGCCAACACCAAUGAAAUUGCCGCUCACACGUACAGCCAGCCAUGACCCGCGUCUUAAUCCACAGUUGAAUUUGCCUGAACCACCACCUGCGCCGAAGCGCAAACUUUCUAUCAACGAGUAUCGUAAACGUAUGCAGUUGUCAUCGGAUGCGACAACGCCUGGUACACCCGACAUGCCAGCGACGUCGGUUAGUGCACCAACAACACCAGGCAACGCCAGCAAUUUGAUGUCAAAUUCCUUGAACAACAGUUUCGUGCAAGCUUAUAACAGUAUUGUUAAUGCUUCGCCUGAGGAGAUGGCCAGGCAAUUGUCCUCUUCGCCAACAACGCUGACACUCAACAAAUACACACUCAAUUCGCCGGAGCGCAAGCGCCAUCACAGUGGAUCCGAGAUAGAGCAGCACCAUAAGCGUCACAGUGCUUCAUACGAUGAUGUGACGGGGCUGUUGAACAGCAGCACCGGCAGCAGCAGUUGUGGCAAUACGAGUGAUACAUCAUCGACAAAUCUGAAUAACGAAGAUGAUGGCAGGAAAGGCCAGUUCAGCGCCGCGCCUACACUACUUGAAAAGCAACAAGAAAAGCUAUGUGAACGUUUGAAGCUACUGCGAAACAUGAACAAGGGUGUAUCAUCGCUAAGCAGCGCAGCCAGUGAGUUUGCAAGUCUUAAAAAGGAUUGUGAUCUCUAUGUGAAUCGCACUAACAGCAUCUCGUCCACAGACAAUUUGGACAAUUGUCUUGAAGAAAUUUCUUCUUCAUCUUCAUCAUCAUCGCCGACAUCGCGGGAAUCAUCACGAGAUGCAAGUCCCGAACGAGGUUGUGUUAGUAGCAGUAGCGCAAGUACAAGUAAGCGGGCGACAAGCACCACCGCCACCUCCAGCUCAAGUCAUAAGUGGUCGAAUGAGGCAGAAACAACUGCCAAUGCGGCGAGAGCUGCCACUCCAUCAAGAGAUGAGGCCACAGUUGUUGCGGUGAGAAGUGGCAAUGAUUCAGCGACGUGAAGGAAUCAAGAUGGUGUAGGCAAAGUAAAUGAAAAAAGUUCAUGUGCUGGUUAAAAGAGAUAUGGUAGCAAUUUAUCUAAUGUGUUGGUAAGGUUGCUAAUAAACCAAGUAAGAACUGCAGUACUACAGUAGCGCCAGUGCAAGAAGACACCAGCAAAAGAUGCAAUAUUAAAGCGAUUAUUUGAAAUUUUAUCUUUCCUUAAACCAGUCUGCUGUUGCACUUGAGAUUACUAAUUUUUUACUUGUAACAUACAUAUGUAUAUGUACUUAUUUAUGGCAGAGUAGAAUUGAAAAAAUAGCCAAAAAUUUUAGACAAAAAUUUAUAACUAAACGAAUCGAAAAGAAAUAAGCAACUUGUUGGAGCGCGAUGUUUAUGAGUUAAAUAUUAACACAAACUAGCAGCAACAAUGUUAAAUGAAUUUUCAAUACCCCUACAUAGUACAUACUUGCUUUAUAUACCACAGACGUUAAUAUAGAGUAAGUUUUUAGUUUAACAGCCUAUAAAGAAAUUUAUUAUUAAAAUGAAGUUAAAUGCUAAAUGUAAAUAAAUAAUAUAAAUUAAAAUUAGUUAAUUGCAGCAUGAAUAUAAAUAAUUAAUGUUAGUUUACAAUGAGAAAGCGUAAAGCAGUAAAUGCUGAAAACAAAUAUGCGUUGAGUCAUUUUGAUGUUGUCAGCGUGCCAAAUCAGCGAAGUUUU